UGUCAGCGUUCAAAUAUAUAUACAAGGUGGUAAGCAUUUUGGGGGAACUUCGCUGAGGCCAAAGUGUAGUAGCAGCUCUCCUUCCAUCAUGGCAGAAAGACGAAUUCCUUUCACUCUCCUCCGCACCCCGAGCUGGGACCCCUUCCGCGACUGGCAUCCCACCAGCCGCAUUUUCGACCAGACCUUCGGCAUGCCUGCCCCAGCGGAUGACAUCGCAUCGUAUCCCUGGACCCACUGGCCCGGCUACAUCCGGCCCGAGAUGGCUUCCGUGAUGUACCCGGGAGCUGUGAUGGCCCAGCAGGCUCGCGCCCUGUCCCGCCAGAUGAGCACGGGAAUGUCGGAGAUCAAGCAGACCCAAGACAACUGGAAGGUGUCUCUGGACGUCAACCACUUCUCACCAGAGGAGCUGGUGGUCAAGACCAAGGAUGGCGUGGUGGAAAUCACUGGAAAGCACGAGGAACGAAAAGAUGAACAUGGUUUUGUGUCCAGAUGUUUCACAAGGAAAUACACCCUCCCAUCCAGCGCCAACGUGGAAAAGGUCACGUCCUCGCUAUCUCCCGACGGCGUGUUGACCGUGGAGGCCCCGCUCGCCAAGCCGGCCAUCGAGGCCGCGGAGACCACAGUACCCGUCACCGUGGAUGGCAAAAGUGGCGUGGUGAAGAAAUAGGAGGCUCGCACGCAAACAUACGUUCAAACAAGCUUUCAGAGCCGACGUAGGGAAAACAGAGACCUUCACGUCUGAGUUAAGCCAGGCCGGCGUUGCCUCCACAGCACAUGUGUGUCUUCUCUUUGUUCUCCUCAUUUUAGUCUCUUUGUUCGGUCUUCCUCACUUCUGCUGAGCACAUCGCAGUCUGGCGCUGGCUGGAGUGAAAAUCUCCAACAGGAUGCACUUCAGUACCCCAAAGAGCACAACGACGCGUUGUUAGAGUCUGCAACUACACUGUUUUCAUCCACAGUUGAUCGAGAAAUGUCAACAGAGAAUAAAGAUGAAAAAUGGCAUAC